ACAAUUGAGGACUGUGUAACGUGACAAACCGCGGUGUAAACAAACAGCAGUGACCUGUUUUGUGUGUUUUUUUGUUUUUUUUUAAAUUUGGGGAUUACUGGUAUUCUCCGGGUCCGGAUGGAGAUAUUGGGAAGCACGUUCGACGACUCGGUGUUUUCCGAGGCGAGAGACCGCGUCUGUGCGUCUCUGUCUUCUUACAACGCCAAACUGUGUGAGCCGGAGUGGUUUUGUGAGAGUGCUGCUCUCGAUACAGAUGACUCUUUGGAGAAGCAGAAGGUGUAUAAGUUUAGAGGGGACUUGGCCGUGAGACAGGGGAACUACCAGAAAGCCUUGGAAGCGUACAGUUCCUGCCUAGAGUGGAUCGCUGACAACAACCUGACCAUCAGAAGAGAUGUCCUGGAAGGAAUGGCCCGAUGCUGCACCAAACUGGGAGAGAGGGCCAGAGCAUUGGAUUUGGUUGACUUACUGAGCAAAGAAGCCUCCAACACCUGCCACCUGACCAGUCUACUGCUGCUUAAGGUCAGCAUCUACCAGCAUUUUGGAGCCGUGCGAUCCAAGAUGUCAUGUCUUCAGCAGCUGUGUAGCCUGCUGCCCUUCAACCCCUGGCACUGGUUCAACCUGGGCCAGAUGUGUCUGCAGCUGCUGGAGAACAACAGAACCAUAAGAUCCUGCUCCUCUAAGAGGUGUGAAACGGCAGAAGAGGAGAAUGGGGGAGAGACUGAGGAGCAACAGGAGGCGGCAGCAGAGCUCGAUGAGGACAGAAUCCGACUCAAAGCUUGUACCUGUUUCAUCAGGACGAGACUCCUGUUGAGAAUCCUUCGGCAGCAGCAGUCCUCCUUUGUGUUGCAGCGCAGUGAAAGCAACCUACAGACGACAGACGAGGCGCUACAGCGGCUAAAUGCCAAAGAAUCAACGCUGCAGACUCUCACUGAGGUGAUGUCAGAGGACUUGGUACCGGAAAAGAUGAGGGAGGACUACCAGGACGGAGAGACUCUGGCCAGUCUGUGUGUGCAGAGCUUCAGAGAUCGCUGGUGGAACAAGAUCUUACUGACUGGCGUGUUGGAGACUGAUGGAGGUCAGCGUCAGACAAAGACGGACGCAGAGUCCUGCUGUUGAAUGCUUACAGAGAAGAUAGCAGAGAGGAGGGGACUGAAGAACACGCUGAAGAUGGUUUAGUCAAUGUAUAGAUCCCAUCCAAGAGCAACAGACACAAACUGAAUGAACUGAAAGCAAGAUCCAACUCUGAAGACAAAAGUGCACAGUGUGUCUGCUGGGCCUUACUGAUAUCUGAUUAAUAAGUCCCCACAGUCUGGAAGACUCUACUAGAGGUGCAAUGUUAACUUUUAAUGCUCAAAAUCUUAAAAAUGCCACAAAAAAAAGUAUUAACCGCCCUGAUAAAAUGUAACUGAAUUUUUCAUGUCCAUCUCUUCUUUUAAUUGAAGGGCACAGGGAGUGUAGUCCUAGUUAGUCCUUCAGUACCAAGCAACCCAGACAUACACAGACCCAUGAAUGUUUCAUCCACCUCAUACUGUGUGAAAUAUAAUUUAUGACAAUGAUUCUGUUUGGCAUUGAAACAAAAAAAUCAAAGUGAGACAUUUUAAUUUUUUUAAUGUUCUGCCUAAAAUGUAACUUAUGCCUCAACAUGCUCAUGUUGUUUUUAUGCAGCUGAAAUAUUAAAACCCUGAUUCUUUGUAUUAC